UGUAUUUACUGAAUGUGAAUACGUAUAGAAGUGUAGUGGAGACUGGUGCGACAUAGUUCCGUAAUUUACUUUCUAAAGCUGUUCGUCUUUUUAGGCGCAGUUUAAGUGAGUGAAAAAAUUCAGGUAUGGCUAGAGGUCAGCAAAAGCUUCAGUCUCAAGCUAAGGCUCAAGAAAAAUUAGCAAAACAGAAAAAACAGCAGGGUCACAGCGCAAAUGAUCAAAAAAAGGCAGCACAAAAAGCUUUAGUUUUCGUCUGUGCUGUGUGCAAGGCCCAAAUGCCAGAUCCAAAAACAUAUAAGCAGCAUUUUGAAAAUAAACAUCCAAAGAAUGAUUUACCAGCAGAUUUAAAAGAUGUUUGAAGUUAAAAGUGCACUUUUUUAAUUGAACACCGUAAGUGUUCAUUGUAUGUAUAACAUCAUAAAUUUUUUUAAACCAAUAAUGAAACCACCCAAUUUUCCGGUUUAUUAGAUAACAGAACAUUUCUGUAUAUCAUGAUUUCAAUAUUGUAAUUUGUUUAUAUUUGUUAUUAAACUUCUAUUUCUAAAUACUA